GAGUAUCUCAUCCGCGCAUACUACUCUUGACCAUCUCAACUAACCUUGCUCAGCACCUCUACGCAAGCCGUCGUAUCUGAGCAAUUCCCUGAAUUCUUCUAGUAUCUGCCACAGAACUACAAAGACUUCGAAUAUCUUCAUUUAACAACCGUCACCAUGGGUAAGGAAAAGACUCAUAUCAACGUCGUCGUCAUCGGACACGUCGACUCCGGCAAGUCCACCACCACCGGUCACUUGAUCUACAAGUGCGGAGGUAUCGACAAGCGUACUAUUGAGAAGUUCGAGAAGGAAGCUGCCGAGUUGGGCAAGGGUUCCUUCAAGUAUGCGUGGGUUUUGGACAAGCUCAAGGCCGAGCGUGAGCGUGGUAUCACCAUUGAUAUCGCCCUCUGGAAGUUCGAGACCCCCAAGUACUACGUCACUGUCAUCGAUGCCCCUGGCCAUCGUGAUUUCAUCAAGAACAUGAUCACUGGUACUUCCCAGGCCGAUUGUGCUAUCCUCAUCAUUGCCGCUGGUACUGGUGAAUUCGAAGCCGGUAUCUCCAAGGAUGGUCAGACCCGUGAGCACGCUCUCUUGGCCUACACCCUGGGUGUCAAGCAGCUCAUCGUCGCCAUCAACAAGAUGGAUACCACCAAGUGGUCCGAGGAACGUUUCGGUGAAAUCAUCAAGGAGACUUCCAGCUUCAUCAAGAAGGUCGGCUACAACCCCAAGACCGUUGCCUUCGUCCCCAUCUCUGGCUUCAACGGCGACAACAUGAUUGAUGUCUCCACCAACUGCCCCUGGUACAAGGGCUGGGAGAAGGAGACCAAGGCCGGCAAGUCCACUGGCAAGACCCUUCUCGAGGCCAUCGAUGCCAUCGACCCCCCAACCCGUCCCACCGAUAAGCCCCUCCGUCUCCCUCUCCAGGAUGUCUACAAGAUCUCUGGUAUUGGCACGGUUCCCGUCGGUCGUGUUGAGACUGGUAUCAUCAAGGCCGGUAUGGUCGUCACCUUCGCCCCCGCCAACGUCACCACUGAAGUCAAGUCCGUCGAGAUGCAUCACGAACAGCUCGCCGAGGGUGUCCCAGGUGACAACGUUGGAUUCAACGUCAAGAACGUCUCCGUCAAGGAGGUUCGUCGUGGAAACGUUGCUGGUGACUCCAAGAACGACCCCCCCAAGGGUGCCGAUUCUUUCAACGCCCAGGUCAUCGUCCUUAACCACCCUGGUCAGGUCGGUGCUGGAUACGCUCCAGUCUUGGAUUGCCACACUGCCCACAUUGCCUGCAAGUUCUCUGAGCUCCUCGAGAAGAUCGAUCGUCGUACCGGAAAGUCGAUCGAAAACAACCCCAAGUUCAUCAAGUCUGGUGACGCUGCCAUCGUCAAGAUGGUUCCCAGCAAGCCCAUGUGUGUUGAGGCCUUCACUGACUACCCUCCUUUGGGACGUUUCGCCGUCCGUGAUAUGAGACAGACCGUCGCCGUCGGUGUCAUCAAGUCCGUCGCCAAGUCCGAGGGCAAGAACGCCAAGGUCACCAAGGCUGCUGUCAAGGCUGGAAAGAAAUAGAGUAAUCGUUUUAAACGAGCAGCUGUGGUUGUGGAGUUUCCGAAAGAUGUGGCGGCUCUGGGCUGGGCUUCUGUGUCAGAGACUGUGACCCACGUCCAGCGGAUGUUUUCAUGACCUGCAUGCCAUUGUUUUACGACAUUUCUCUGCGUCCUUCCAAAAUGCUACGUAUCUUCGGGUCAAUUGGUGCAAUGUUCCUCAAAGAUCACCAGAAUGGGUGGCAUGCAUCAGACGGCAUCCUGGUCAGAACAAGGCCAAGGUGUUAGACUAGUCGUGCUAGUAGAUAGAUCUCAUGUCUGCAUCGAGAGACAAAAGCCCAAUGCAAAACAUGGUUUCCACCAA